AACAAAUAAUUCUUUUAAUCAGAUUGAAUGACAAAAAUCCGCAAAUUGGACGUCUAUUUUGUUUCUUGUUAAUUUGUUGUGUUGUGAUAAAAUCUCAGUAUAAUUUACAGCAAUUUGUGGUUAUUAUUUUGAUUAAAAUUAAUUGUCAAUCCUAAAAUCUAAUAUCCAGUGGCUUUAUUUGGCUUAGAGUUAUAGCAAGUGCGAAAUCGCCUGUUCACUGUACUCUUUGUACCUACUAUAGAUGAGUUACAAUAUGAAUAGCAUCAAAGCAGGUGACAAUGUUCUUAUUAUUUGGAAAGGUAGUGAACAAAAUGCCCUCAUUAAUUUGUCCAAUGAAAUAAAAAAUGCUUCAAACAAUGGACCUAUUGUGUUGGAAAACUCGGACGUGCUCACAGAUUCAUCCCGCCCGUCAUCUUCCUUUGAUGUAGUUAUAUCAAAUUGGUUGGCCCCACAUGCUAUUGUUCACACUGAUAGUCUACUUGCAAUUAUUGUCAAAAUUCUGAAACCCAGUGGUAAACUUAUUGCUAAAUCCCCAUCCGAUAUAAGCAGCCCUCUCAAAUUGAAUGGAUUUGUAAAUGUGAAACAAGACGGUGAUGUCUUUGUUGCAGAAAAACCUAAAUUUGAGGUUGGCUCAAAAGCCUCACUGAAACUGGGAAACAAACCAGCAGUGUGGAAACUAGACGACACAGUGGAGUCAGCGUGGACGGCAGGCAAUGACGAUGACACCAUUGAUGAUGAUCAACUGCUGGAUGAUGAUGAUCUGAAGAAACCAGACCAAUCAGCAUUAAGAGUAUGUUCGACGACGGGCAAAAGAAAAGCGUGUGCUGAUUGUUCCUGCGGGCUGGCUGAGGAGCUUCGAGGGGAGACCAAGGAGACUCCAAAAUCAUCCUGUGGCAGUUGUUACUUGGGUGACGCGUUUCGCUGUGCUACAUGCCCGUACCUCGGGAUGCCAGCCUUCAAGCCCGGAGAGAAAGUCAUGUUGGACCUCAAAUCUGAUAUAUAGAUGUUAGUAGACGUAGUUUUAUUUAUUACUUUUGUAAUAGAAUUCCAAUGUGUGAUUGCUUUUGCAAAUAAAUGGUUGUAACUAUU